AUGAAGCUGAGCGCCUGCUGUCGACGAGAUAGUAAAUAUGUGAAAGAAGCGCCGGAGAAGCGAAAGUUCUUCGAGCGAUUUUAUUUGCUGACCAUUCGCCGACGACAACAAGAAGAGAGGCUAUCAAAGCACAAGAAUUUUCCAGAGGGGAUGAAGAUGGCUUUUCACAAAGAAAACGAGCAAGACGUUAUCGCCUUCCGAAGAUGUUCGAUUAAAAAAUAUCAAGGAAGAAAGUUCUCGUCGCUAAUUGACCUUCAAAAUGAAGAUGGUGAAAAGACCAGCUACACCGAGCAAGACUACCACAACGCCUACAAAAACUUGAUGAAGAUCAAGCUUCUCCGCCAAGAGAAAGACCUCGAACGAGCAGAAUGCAUCGAACACAGCGAAUUCGACGAUAAACUUUCACGAGUCACAAAAGUCCUGAAGAAGCAGCACUUGUCCCACCGGAAUGUUUUUGGAAGCACUUCCCUUUCCAAUGUCAGAUUCAACAUAUAA